CCCUCGCUGAAGCAGGCGCAACGGUCUGUCUUGUUGUUCGUCCGGGCUCCACGUCCACCACAACGAUCGACACUCUUCGUUCCCUCCCUAAGAAUCAACAACAGCACAACCGCCAAGAACACACGGUGAUAGAGUGCGAUAUGUCGGACCUAGAUUCGGUCCAAACGUUAUUCGAUCGUACAUUGGAAAAACCGGAGGUGAAGGGUGAGAUUCAUAUUUUGGUGAAUUGUGCGGGAAUACAGAGGAGGGCUCCUGCUGUCGAGUUUAGUGAGAAGGAUUGGGACGACGUCCUCAAUACGAACCUCAAAUCCAUCUUCCUUCUCUCCCGUGCCGCGGGCCGACACAUGAUUCCACUUCGCCGAGGGAAGAUUAUCAAUUUCGGAUCACUUCUUAAUUUCCAAGGAGGAAUUACCGUUCCUGCGUAUGCGGCUGCUAAGGGUGGACUCGGACAGUUGACUAAGGCGUUGAGCAAUGAAUGGGCGCAACAUAAUAUCCAGGUGAACGCGAUCUGUCCUGGAUAUGUUGCUACGGAUAUGAACGAGCGUCUGAUCGCUGAUCCGGUCCGUUAUCGACAGAUUUCGGAGCGCAUACCCGCUGGUCGAUGGGGUGACCCCAAGGAUUUUGCCGGUCCAGUUGUUUUCCUUGCCAGUGAUGCGAGCGCUUACGUGAGCGGGGAAUUGCUCGUUGUUGACGGAGGUUGGAUGGGUCGAUAGGGCCAUGUCUUUGACGGCCCGAGAAGAACGGAUAUUCUCAUAAUUUCGCAAAUGUAUGCAUAUAUCAAUGGCAAGGUACUGGAAACUUCUCCCUCCUGGUACAGGCCAUGCUUGUGUGCAG